AUGGGCAACGGGAAGCACAUGUUCAAUUCGCGGGAGGGAGAUAGUCACUACCGCAUUGACGUCGGCUUGCAUAAGCCUGAGGACUUCCCUACCACUGCAGGCAUUGACUUUGACGAUCAUGACGGCGUCAAGAAUCUCCUCCUGCAAGACGAGUAUUUCGGGUCUUAUGCACCGGAGUUCAAAGACAUUAUCUGCCGCAGCGAAGGACCUUUCAGGCCGUGGCUGAUGUAUCACAUGUCGAACGACAGACUGAACUGGAAUGCCUCUGAGGAUGUAACCCUGAUAGGAGAUGCUGCUCAUGGCACAACGCCAUUUGUAGGUGAUGGUGUCAACUGUGCAUUGCGCGACUCGUGUAUUCUCGCUGGCAACCUGAAGGAAUUUGGUCUGACGAAAAGGUCUACUGUUGAGUAA